CUUCUCUUUGUAAAUAUACUGCAGCAUUAUUAUUAGCAUAUCAUUUUUCUUCUUCCUUGUUUUUUUACUCUCACAGACAAAAUGGCGUCAAAUAUAAAAAUUGCGCUUAUUCAGCUCUACUCCAAGGUGAGUCUCUCCCGCCUUUUCUUCACCUUGGCCACUACCAACAACCCCUGCUCCUCUUAGCCUUCAGCACUUCAGCACCUCUUAUACAUGAGACACAGAGACUGACUCUUGAAACCUUUCCAAUGGGCUGAAAUAGCCGCUCGACAUUGCCGGCAACUUUGCCCGCGCAGAGUCCUACAUCCGCAAAGCCGCCGCCCAGGGCGCAAACCUCGCCGUCCUGCCCGAAUACCAUCUCUCCUCGUGGAAGCCCGACUCCGACGUCCUCCUCGCCGAGGCCAAGAAGCAGACGCCGUACCUGAAGCGGUACCAGGCCCUCGCCAAGGAGCUCGGCAUCUCCAUCGUCCCCGGCACAAUCCUCGAGCCGCUGCCCGCUGCCGAGGGCGGAGAGGCAUCGACCGAGGGCGUCGCCAACGCCGCGUACUUUAUCGGGCCCGAUGGCGCUGUGCUGGGCCGCUAUCAGAAGAAGAACCUGUGGCAUCCCGAGAGGCCGCACCUGACGGCCGAUGCGCUGACGCCUCACACGGCGUUUGACACGCCCUUUGGCCGAGUUGGGCUAAUCAUCUGCUGGGACUUGGCUUUUCCCGAGGCGUGCCGCGCGCUGGCCGCCGACGGGGCCAAGUUUGUCAUCUGCCCGACGUUCUGGCUCAACAGCGACGGAGGCGACAUUGGCGCCGAAGUGAACCCCGACUGCGAGCGGCUCUUCCUGGAGAACGUGGCCGUGGCGCGGGCCUUUGAGAACACGUGCGCCUUUGUCUUCAACAACACGGGCUCGCCGCUGGGCUCGGCGGCAACGGGCAAGGACGACGAGGGCACCGAGUUUAUCGGCCUGUCGCAGGUGGCGAUGCCGCUGCAGGGCGCGCUGGGCAAGCUGGGCGUGGAGGAGGGCAUGAGCCUUGUGGACGUGGAGGGGCGGGUGCUGGAGAUUGCCGAGGAGGUGUACAAGGUGAGGGCGGAUAUUGCGUUGGAGGAGUGGCAUUAUGCGCAUACGUUGAAGAAUCUUGCAAAGUGAGGGAUUUGUGAUGAUGCCUGUGGCUUUUGUAUAUAACGAGGUUGAUGUAUUUUAUGUGGCAUCGUAUGACAAUCGAAAGAAAAGUAAAAGAGAAAUUUUAUUUUCACAUUUUGUGAAUACUUUUUUGCUGCUUGCUUGGCCGGGCUUUUCCCUCUCCAUCUGUACAGUAUUGAAGCGGUUUUUUUUUUUUUCCACUCCUCUCUCUGGCAAGAGAAAU